ACCGGCAAAUUUGACAGUUCUGUUGUCAGACUCGCGUUUCAGAAGUGAAGUUUGUUUACAGUGGUACUUGUGUUUCCGAAUUCUUUUCCAAUAAUACGGUGAAAACGAAAUGUAAAUGGCAUUGUCACGAUUUUAUGCAAGCUUAAAGGCCAAGGUAUGAUUUGCGAUAUAAACAAAAAGGAACUGGAAGACAAAAUCACAAGAUAAUCUGGUUCUUGGGAGUAGUUACCUACAGGAUGCCGUGAUGUGCAAUUUAUGUGGAGCUACUUUUCAGAUGUGACUCGGAAAUAAGGGCAAUGAUUCGUAACAACUCUGAUUUAGUCAAAUUAGAGUCGCGUGCCUAUUCACUGAGAGCAUUUGCGACAAUCUGCCAGUUUUUGGAUAUACGGCACCAAAAUGUGCAAGCAAAGAAAGAGGUGAGAAUCCUUGCUGUGCUUACGGAGCCUGGGCUUUAGGGCAUUUGAAAAUUGCUUACCAAGACUGUGAUAGGGUGCCACGUAUUGUCCGAAACUGGUAAUUUAGCGAGUUUCAAAGAAAAACUAGAAACCUAUCUGUUCGCUGUGUUAUGAUAGAAUUAUUGCGAACUUCAGAAAUUAUUGUCGUGCGAGUUAUCAUCAGGGGAGGGAGUCCCGUGGAGCACUAAAUUCAGUGAAGUCAGUAACCGUGAUCCAACUACAGAGUUUCAUCACCUUCCCAAGUACACUUCCCUCCAUCUUAAGAUGGCUGGCGACUGGCUGGUUCUGAAGAUGUCUCCGAAGAGAAGGUUCAGCAAGUUCCUCAACAUGUUCGGACACGGGAACUUCUGGUGCAUGAUGUAUCUGAAUGAACUUUUCAACAUUAAGACCGAGGGAACGAUCGUCAAGGUGUUCGAAGACGGAGGAGCGGUAGUAGAGGUGACGCUGCAGGUGUUCAGAACGCUGUCCAGUUCCUACGUCCCUUUGGGCAUACUCACGGGACCCUUCAUGCCGAUUGUAUUAAACCCCACCACUCUCCUCCAGCUGCAAGGCAUUGUCACUAGCAACUACAGUGAUGAUAGUGACAUCUUUCUGGCCGAGAUGGCGACGCACCGUUUGAUCAAUGAGACAGAUCCAAAAAAGCCCCAGGUGUUGGAAAUGGAGGUGUGUCACUCUCGUCACCUUAAUAUGUCAUCUAUACAUGUUUAUGCUCAAGAUGCCUCAGGACGCAAACUGGUUUCACUGGCACACACUCUUGAUGCAAACACCCUCCCUUCGCCAGCCUCCCUCAAGUGUCAGAAUGCCAGUGUAAUGGCAAAGAAAGUUGCAAUGUGGAAUGUGAAUGAAGGUGAAAGAGCAAUGAUAAUCAAAACAGCUAAAGGAGACUGGGCCAUUGUCAUUGCUGCUUGGGAAGGUCUCAGGAGAGGCUUGCCUGGAACUUUAUCAAGGCGUGGCAUCCCUGGUAGCCCUGGACACUUGGUAUUGAGAGUCCAUUGUCCACCUUCUGCUCCAGCAACUGUUGUCUCCUUGCCUUAUGAUCAGCAACUAUAUAGUUAUAAUCUUCAAGAUCUUUAUAUUGACAUGCAAAGUGGAAUUUUUAAGGUAAAUGAAAAUACAAAUGAAUGGAUAGAGAAUGUGACAUUGGGUUUGAGUGUAACGGUAUUACACAUUCUGUGCCAACCCCGUCAAAUGCCAGAAGACACAACAGAUUCCAUUGACAGUAAAAAGAUGAUUGACCCUCUCAGGCUACCACGACGGAUACCUGUAGAAAAUCUAAAAUUACUAGUUGCUCUCGGGUUCUUCUCUGCAGCAGCUCCCACUAAUGCUUCCCGCAGAAAGAAAUCUAACCACGAUGCAGAGGAUACAGCUACUGGAUGUGCCAUUGGCUUCAUGGCUUGUGGAGGAGGAUGUGGUUCAUGUGGAGGGUGUGGGGGCUGUGGUGGCGGAGUUUAUGCCACAUUUGGAGCACCAGAUUAUGGUGGAUGGGUAACAAGCAGUGCAGUAGAUGGAAGAACUGAUAUGAUGAAUGUUGGGGAUGGAGAUGGUGGAAUGGAUGCUUUUGCUUAUAUGUUCGGUACUCUAGCAGCGGAUGGGGGUGAUGGAGGAGAUGGUGGUGGGGAUGGGGGAGGAGAUGGCGGAGGUUGUGGUGGCUGUGGGGGUUGUGGGGGGUGUGGAGGAUAGAUUUAGCCUGUAAUGAAGGAUAUUGUGAUAGUAGUAAGGUGCCUUUUUGUCACCAUCCUUACAGUUCUCAAUAGAUCUGCCUCCCAGCACACUCAGAUCUUAAUCUUGCAGGAAACAUAAUGUACACAGUAGUGACCUUAUAUUUCAAAACUUUGUUAUAAACCUUCAGACAAAAUUAAAUGAUGUGCCAUUGUAAUGCCAGGUAAGGUUUGACUUUUUCUUGUUUUUUUUUCAUAAGUGCCAGAGUAGAUAUCUUUUGUUAAAUUUAGUUUCAUACAUUUCAUAUUCAGAUAAAAGUGCAAGUGCUGAAAUGCAGGUUAUAGCAUUUCACUGCUAUACCAGUGCUAUAUUACUUAUGUAUUGUAUAUAAUGCUUAGAAAUAAAUUGCACUAAGUGCAAUUUAGAUAUCAGUGGAUAAUGAAUGUAUAUUGAUUUAUAAUGGUUACUUCAUCAAUAUUUUUAUAGCAGUAUGUGCCUGUUAAUAUUUGGGUACUUUCAGAUGAUUAUUGUUUGUGCAUGAAAACAGUGCAAGACUGUGAUGCAA